GCGCCCCUCCCUGCGGCGCAGGCGCCGCGCGCUCUCCGCCGCCCCGCCCCCUGCCCGGCCGCGGGCUCGGCGCGCGGCAGGUGCCCGCAGCCGCCGUGGCCCCGCCCCCUGCCCUCCUCCCCCCGCGCUGUGAGGGAGGGCGGCGGCGGCGGCAGGAGCCGGCGGAGCGGCUGCGGGUGCCCGGGGCGGCUGGCGUGGGGCCCGCGCCGCUCGCCCUUCUGCCUCGCUGCCCUUCCCUCAGCGCGCGGCGGCUGCGGCGAGAGCGGGGGGAGUCGGGACACCGGCCCUGCGGCGGCAUGAACCGGCCUCACCGCGGCGCGGCGGGCAGCCGCGGCCUCGGCACCAUGGAGGUGAAGAGUAAGUUCGGAGCAGAAUUUCGACGAUUUUCUCUGGAAAGAUCCAAACCUGGAAAGUUUGAGGAGUUCUAUGGAUUAUUGCAGCAUGUGCACAAGAUACCAAAUGUUGACGUUCUAGUAGGAUAUACGGACAUUCAUGGAGACCUGCUGCCUAUCAAUAACGAUGACAAUUAUCAUAAAGCAGUUUCCACAGCCAAUCCUCUACUCAGGAUUUUCAUUCAAAGAAAAGAAGAUGCGGACUACAGUGCCUUUGGUACAGAUACUAUGACAAGGAAGAAAAAUGUCUUAGCAAAUGUGCUGCGUCCAGAUAAUCACAAGAAGAAACCACACAUUGUCAUUAGCAUGCCUCAAGACUUCAGACCAGUAUCUUCUAUUAUAGAUGUAGAUAUUCUUCCAGAAACCCAUCGCAGGGUGCGGCUUUACAAAUACGGAACUGACAAACCCCUGGGAUUCUACAUACGAGAUGGCUCCAGUGUCAGAGUAACGCCACAUGGAUUAGAGAAAGUACCAGGAAUUUUCAUAUCCAGGCUUGUCCCUGGAGGUCUGGCUCAAAGUACAGGCUUACUAGCUGUUAAUGAUGAAGUACUGGAGGUGAAUGGAAUAGAAGUUUCAGGAAAGAGCCUUGAUCAGGUUACAGACAUGAUGAUUGCAAACAGCCGUAACCUGAUCAUUACAGUAAGACCAGCAAACCAGAGAAACAAUGUUGUAAGGAACAGUCGGACUUCUGGCAGCUCUGGUCAGUCUACUGAAUCUAGUCUUCCGAGUAGCACACCAAAUAUUUUAACAAAUUUCUUGCAAGGAGAAGAGGAGAGUGAUGAAGAGGACAUUAUUAUCGAAGAUAGUGGUGAGCCACAGCAGAUUCCAAAAGCUGUCCGUAGCAGUGAAAGUCUGGAAUCGUUGACGCAAAUUGAACUUCAUGAGUCGACACAGAAUGGUUUCCUUCCUUCCAGUGAGAUAAACUUGAAUCAUUCAGCAGGCAGCAUUAGUAUGGAAUAUGAAGAACAUGAUCCAGAUCAUAAAUCAUUAGAAGAUGGAACUAUAAUAACACUAUGAAAUUACAUUGGUGUACUUUGUAUUAACUGAGAAUGCCAUGUGUGUUUUAAUUUGGCUUAAUAUGUAAUACAUUUUAUACCUCUCCACCUACUGAGCACUGCAAUUAGACUUAAAGGAAAAAACAAUGGAUACAAGAAGUUUGAAAUCAUGUAAGUUGACUAACUUCAGCUAAUUCUGCACUUCAAUGUAAAUACAUCACGAAGAUAAAAGAUAAUUGAUAACUGACUGGAACUGGAUGAGGAAAUUUUUAAAUUGAAAAUGAAGGAUAGCUAAGAGAUAGCUAUGAGCUUUCUCUUACAGGUACUUGAUUUGUCUAUGUGGACUGCUACUGAUUCUGUAGAAGUAAAUUUCCAUUACUGUGUGAGGUCGAUUUUUCUAAUGUGCUGUGGUUUCAUAUUCAACUGAAGUGCUGCUUUAGCCACCUCAUUCCUGGAGGCGGGUAGGAAGAGAUGUUCUUGAUCGACUUAAUUUUCUGACUGAUUCACUGAGCAACAUGUAUGUAGAAUAGUGGUCCGUAACUAGACAAUAGUCAGGGACUGGAGGUGGGGGUUGCUGAAGCUGACUGCCUGCUUGGAAGUGAAUGUGCAACAACAGGCUCAUUAGUCAUGCACCUUUCCUGUUUUUAAUCUGCCUUGCAUGGCCAGGAAAACUUACUUUUAAUGACACUAUGAUUUGUAAGUUCAAAUGUGAAAGUCUUAACACUUCUGUGUCUUGAAGACCUGUUCUCAUUUUAGUUUGCAGUAUUUAAAGAUAUCAUUUGAUUUAGUUACUAAUCAUAGUAAAUUUUAAAGAAAUCAAAUGUAAACUUAAUACUAUGAAAAUAACAUACCUAUGGCAUAUUCCAUGUGAAAAUCAUAGUCCUAGUAGAAGCUGUAAAGAUUUCUACUAGCAGAAGAGUUUGUUGCAGGGAGUCAAAAUUAUGUGAAAAAUUACUUUCUUCAAACCUGAACAGGUUAGAGAAGCUUGAAUUGACUUAAAUCCAUGGAUUUUUUUUUUUUUUUUUUUUUAAGCUUGAAAUUAGGUUGUGGCUUUGACAGAACUUGCUUGAGCCUGUCUGGUAUUAAAAUUAUUCAUUAUAAUGACUUAAAUUGUACAUGCUGACCUUUCUGUGCACCACUGGCUGGGUAUUUUGAAUAUUACAAAGUUCCUAUACACAAAACAAAAUACUGAUGACGAAAGUCCUGAUACUGAAAUACGUAAGCAUGUGUGUAUAAUCAACUGCAGACUUACUAGGAGAACUUUUUACCUUUCUGCCUUUUAGUACUGUCUCCUGUUUCAUCACUGUGGCACAAGCUGUGGCAGGGAAAUGGAAGAUGGGAACUAAAGGGGCUGGUGAGAAAGAUGGAUGAAGUUUCUCAUCAGGGAUCUGGCAGCCUAAGUCAACCUCUAAAAAGCAAGGGGGAUGCAACCAAUUCUGUACUGUGCUUACCAGAAUCAGCAGUCUGGGUUCUUGGAAACAUGUUCUGCCCUGUGGGGUGGCAUGAGGGAACAGGAAAAGAGACUAACACCUUUCUUUUUUUUCCCCCCAGUCUAUCUUGGGAAAACAUCUACCUCUGGUAACUUUACUAACAUGAGACUAACUGUAAGUUUAAUGUUAAGCAUCUGUAAAAGUCCUUAUAGCAUAUCAGAGGCUAAAACUGUAUUUGUUGAAACUUAAUGAUGUAGACAAAAUCACUUUCAGUUAUUACAGCAUUUAAUUUUGAUAAGUACAGAUUUUUAAGUUCAGUAUACUUUAUGAAUAGUGGUAUUUUCAUGCUUUCAGUAACAUUGGAUUUUGAGUCCUACAGACUUCAAGAAAGGCUAUCUUCUAUCAGAUUAAUGCUCUUUUUGAUUUAUGGGGAAUUGGCAUAACAGAUAAUAGAACUCUUUGCAAAUACAGAUUAGAGUUCUGCUUUGUCUGUUUCGUUUGUGGUUUUAUCAGAGUAUGCACAUGAGACGCCUUGGGAUUUUUUUUUAACAUGAGCAAGUAUUUUAAAGCUUCUUAGACUUAUUUUGCUAAUAAUCUUUAAACUGAAGUAAGUACAUCCAUUUGAUUUGAAAAGAGGCAAACAGAUAUGGUCUAUAUGUUCUGCAACAUAUAAAUUUUAAAUAUGCAUAUUUUCUCUCAGUGCUGCUCUACACUUUAUUUAAGGAAGAUUGUUUACUUUAAAAGUCUUUUUCUUCCUUUAUCAAAGGACUUUCCUUCCUAUAUGAAAUCAUCAGUGGAGGGCAACUUUCAUUUAUUAUGCUAGUUUGCACUUCUGUGCCUUUUGUUUACUUGAAUGUAUUGUGAAUAAUCAUAAAUAAUCAAAGGAAUAAAGGCACUUGGAUAAGCGGAGAAUGAGGGCCACAGAUAGAGAAGAUGAACUGGUAGUGCACUUAAUGAAGGUGUAAUGUUUUCUUUCAGUGGAAAUAUUUUAUGGAUCUAAUGUGAUACAUUAGUAUGUUGCAGCUUGGAUGCAAGUUGAGCUAUUAACUUGCACAGGAAGGGCUGUAGCUUAUUGCUUAAGUACAAACACCCAAGGUUAGUGUGCUGCCAAACCCUUUUGUGUUACCUAAUUUGUACUUUUAACAGAUGCAUGAAUAUUUUGAAUAUAUAUACACCAGUGUUAAGGACUUAUAGAAAUUUAAUUAGGGUCCUGCUUAAAACUGCAUGAGAAUCCAUCUUGUCGGACCUUUCCUCCAAACUCAUUAAUAUUCCAUAUGUGAGAUAAUAUUCUUUUUGACAAAUGUAAUGUUCUGUUUUACAGAAAUUUGAUAAAUAUCAUAGAACUAAGCAUUUGAGACUUGAUGAAAAACCAUUAGGGAAUAAACCUAAAUAGGUUUUACAAAGAGUGUAUUUACAAUUACAGUGACAGACUGCACAGCAUGUAAUUGCUUGAUGCUGCAGUUACCACAAGUUUCUGAAGUUCUUCCAUAUCUUCCUAAUGCAUACAUUCUUAAUUACUAAAUAUUCUUAAAUCAUUGUUUCAGGAUAAUCAACCAUAGAUUAUGAAUGGCUAAAUUUUAUACGCAAGUGGUACUGGGGUUCAGUAUAAGGUUUUUAAAAUAUUAUGCUGAUAUUGUUAGCCUUUCAUUCACUACCUCCUAAAUUUUUAGCAUCUCUACAAUUUUCUCAUUGGAAGAAAAUAUUUAAAGGCUUGACUGUUUUAUAUAGACUUUAUUUUUAGCUAUAAAAUCUAAAAGUGAUUGUGAGGUUACUGCGCAUGAUUGAUAAUAUUAAGCUGCUAUCAAUGUACUCUUCAUGUAUUAAGUAUCCUAAUAUGUGUAAAUUGUAUUUUCAAUCCAGAUUUUAUAAAUUAAUUUAUAAAUAUCCAAAUUAUUUCAAAACAGAAUGGAAAACUAAAAUUCCUUUGAAUAGUGUUAUACAGUUGUGUAUACGCACAGUAGGGAACAAGUCAUUCCUUACUUGCAACUGGGAGACUGAAGACAGAUUAACCUUUUAAGUGCACCUUAAUAGGAAAAAAGAGCAAAUUCUUAAUGGAAUUGAGAUACAGUUACUUUGAAGUUCUGCUAUGGUACUGGAUAAGUCAAGCCUAACUGUGAAUCAUAUGUUUUUCCACAGCUGAAUUAAAUUUAGGACAAUGUUCUCACAAGCUGUCUUUAACAUGUGUAUUUUUGUGAAUAUUAUGUAUUUUCUAAUUAAAUUUUACUUGCAAUGUGAUUUUUACAUGAAUGAACUUGUUUAAAAUGUCAAAUAUCAGUAUUUUUCUUACAACUUUAAUGUAUGAUGUACAUUGGUAUCUCACUGAAUGAAGACUGAUUUUAUGAAAUCAAACUAGCUGUAGUUGUAUAUUAGUCUUAUAUUUUUACAAACUGGAAUAAUAAACGGAUAUAGAAAUAAAA